GUAUACUAUUUAGACAGAGUGUGGCCUGCCUCCUCACUGUCAUAUCUUCAUAUUCUCUCUCUCUCUCUCUCUCUCUCUUGAGAUUCGAUUCAUUCACACCGCCGAUCUCUCCUUCUCCUCCGUUUAUAAUGCUCCCAAUUUUCCAAGGCUUGAUUUGAAUAUUAAAAUAAAAUUUAGAAAGUGAAGAAAAAAAAAUGGAGGGUGACACAUUUUCUGGCCUAGAUGGGAAGGUUGUGCAGAAUUUUCAAAAAAGCUUUGUUCAAGUUCAAAACAUACUGGAUCAAAACCGGCUUCUGAUCAACGAGAUUAACCAGAACCACGAGUCGAAAAUCCCGGAUAAUUUGAGCAGAAAUGUUGGGCUAAUUAGGGAGCUCAACAACAAUAUAAGGAGGGUGGUUGAUCUCUACUCGGAUCUCUCCACCUCCUUCUCCAAGUCAAUGGAUGCAUCGUCUGAAGGCGACUCUAGCGGCGCCUUCAAGUCCGAUGGGAAGGCCGGGGCCUUCAAGAGGCACCGGCCCGGGUCUUGAAAGGGAGUAGUAAAGAAAAAGAAACAAAAAAAAUGGUUAGUUUGAGUAAGUUUGUAACUCAAUUUCUCACCACUAGUAUAUUAUUUGUCAUAGAAGAAAAUAAUAGUGGCACUAAAUCUAUUUAUUUUGAUAUUGCUUUGUAGUAACUUUGUGUACCUUUGAUCUAAUUGAAUCCAGAAUGCCUCUAUUUUCUGCA